GCGUCACGUGACAGGACGUCAGCGGAAGUGUGUUUUCGCCUUGUUAUGAGAUGUGGGGGAUAGCAGGUGCUGGUAGAGCCGGUGUGUCGCUGUUGUUCAGGCGGGUUCCCAGACUCGUGUCCGCUCACUGCGCUGCAGGAUGUAAUAUUUGUUUGAGGGUCGCGGCCGGGGUCCAGACCUGGGUCCAGACCUGGUUCCAGAGCAGAGCAUACGUCCGCACAGGGCCGCACCAAACCCCAGGAAAACUUAUGCGGAUUGGAGAAGAGAAGAAAAUGGUGAUCUGUAUUGAAGGGAACAUUGCCAGUGGGAAGACGACAUGUCUGGAGUAUUUCAGCAAAAGCAGCAACAUAGAGGUUCUUACAGAGCCAGUCUCUAAGUGGAGGAAUGUCCGUGGACACAACCCUCUGGCUCUGAUGUACCAGGAUCCUGAGCGCUGGGGAAUCACCCUGCAGACCUACAUUCAGCUCACCUUGCUGGACAGGCACUUGUCGUCGAUAUCAGCUCCUGUCAGGAUGAUGGAGCGCUCCAUCUUCAGUGCUAAGUACAUCUUUGUGGAGAAUCUCUUCAGAAGUGGGAAAAUGCCAGAGGUGGACUUCGCUGUUCUCAGCGAGUGGUUUGACUGGAUCACCACGAACAUAUCCCUCCCUGUUGAUCUGAUUGUUUACCUCCACACGUCUCCUCAGACCUGCCAUGAGAGAUUAAAGCACAGAUGCAGAGAGGAGGAGAAAGUCAUUCCACUGGAGUAUUUGGAGUCUAUCCACCAGCUCUAUGAAGACUGGCUCAUUAAACAGACCUCCUUCCCUCUUCCUGCUCCUGUUCUGGUGAUCCCUGCUGACCACGACCUCAAGACGAUGCUGCACCUGUACGAAGAAAACCGGGACAAGAUCCUAGCAGCUCCCUGUGUCUGAUCCACAGACAACACUGGGCUGUUACAUUAAAGCUGCAGUAGGAAACAGGAAAGUGUUGAAUGUUAAUCCAUAAUUAUGGAUCACGACUCUGUCCUGACUUUAUCCCUUCAGAUCAGCACAGACUGACAGGCUCCGCCUACAUGUUCGGUUGUGACUGUUCCACUGAAGUUGAAACCAGUUCAUGCUGUGGCUGAUGGGUGUGAACAGUGUGUGACAACCAUAGAGUUAGUAUGUGCUCAUGUUGUGUAACAGCCAUGACACAAUGUUCCUGCACUUAAGUAGAAGUGAGGGUGGAGAAGCUUCAGGACAAAGGAAACAUUCCACUCAUCCUCACUUUGUUUAUGGCGUCAAAUGCGCUGACAUUUAUCCAGUGUUGAGUUUUUAUCCUCGAUGUUCCUCUGUGUAAUGUGAUGCACAGCCUUGUGUCUCUGUUAGAAAGAGGAUUCUUUCACAUGAGUUAGUUUUGUAAUGACAACUGAGAACACACACACACACACAUAUAUAUAGUUAUAUUAGAGGGAGCGGGUCACAGAAUCCACGGCUCGGUUCAUAUCAUGGUUUUCAGUUUGGUUGUUUUUUUUCUAUUUUUUUUACACUCUAAAAUGACCAUGUAUCAGAUCUAUACCCUAAUAAUUAGAUUAUUUAUGAUCAUGUCAUGCAAUCAUGCAAAAACUGCUGCGGUAGCAUAUUUGAAGGGUUGCUGCUAGCAUAAGUAACGCCUGUUGUGCAGUGUUUACAUAGUUACAGUUUUGUCCACCAACAGUAAAUCGACGUGUGUGUGUGUGUAUAUGUAUAUAUAUAUAUAUGUGUGU